UCCAUUGUGAAGGCAGCAGAUUGUUAUAGUUUCGAAAUGUCUCUCAUAGAUGUCACUAGAUUCACUGAAUCUCGAUUAACUUACGGAAGUACGAGAAUUUUCUAGUUUUUUAUAAAUCGUUUAUUAGAGUGUGCACUAAAGGUUUUUGUUUAUUUCGAUAUCUGUUCUAUAAAAUGGUUGAACCAUCCACGGAUACCGUAAAUGUCGCAGGCGAAGAAAAUAUAGUUCAUUCGGCUAUUGACGCUCUAAUAAAAGAGGAUGCCAGACUCAAAGUGGAAACUGAAAAAGUCAUGGAGACGAAGAAGAAGUGGAAAACACAAUACUUCCAAUUAGAACGAAGUAAUUCUUACCUAGCAGUAGAUAUAAAUAAUGAGAAAAAAGAUGCGAGUCAGCUCGAAGAGAAAAUCAAACUAAAAACUCGUGAAAUUUCCGACCGAGAACACGAAGUUUUUUUAGAAACACAAUGCAGUAUGGAACGCAGGCUGAAAAUAAUAAAAGAUUUUGAGGACAAUGUCAUACAACUGGCAACCAAAAUUCAACAAGCGCAGAAUGAAUACUGUUCCAAAAAUUUAAAACAAGAUUGCGAGACUUAUUGUAUAAGAUACAAAAAAUAUGCUGAGGAAUUACAAAAUCUUCAGACACAGUUAGAUAUUCGAAAACAGCGAUACGAUUUUAAUGAUCGAACGAAAUUCGACGAAGGCAAUCUUCUGAUUAACUUGCAAAUAUUGAAGGAGAUUUUAAUGGAUGAUAGUUCUCUAGAAAGAGCUACCAGAUCAGGGAUGCGUUUGAAUCAAGAAUUGAAUAGUAAAAUUAAACAAACUAAAAGGAGAUUAUCAAACCUCUCCGAAAAAUAAGAAAAUAAUGUGAUACAACAUUUUGUGAAAUAUUAAUGUCUACAUAAUAUAAAGAAGUUUACUGUACAAUAUCACAUUACCUGUUUUAUAUGAAAUAAAUAUUUUUUUUUCUUAAA